GGAGUCCAGCCGACCUUUUCGCCGGCGCCCGAAUCUGUGCGCCUCGGGCCGAGGCGGCCAGCUCCCUCGAGCUCGCCCUCCUCCUAUCAGCCUGGCUGGGUGGGGAAAACGAUCAGAUCACCAUGCCGUUGAUGCUCACGGGUGCGCUCACAUGGUCCAUCGCGUUGAAGUGCCACGAGCAUGCCAAGCCUUUGACGUAGUUCUCGGUGAAGACCAAGCCGAGAACAAAGAAGACAACACCCAUCGCUAGCAGCGUGCCUACAGAGGUCUUCCACACGAGCGAACUUCUGUCGAGCAGAUCCACCUAUGAGUCCAGGUCCCAUCGCUGUGAACACACCAACUUCGAUUGAACCAUUUAGUGCAUUGAUAAAGCCCAGGUCUGGCACGCAGAUGGCGCCCACAAAAGCGGCCGCCACGAUGACGACUGUGACUGCGUUGACGAACAUGCUGCGCCGCGACUCCGCCAGCGGCAGGGACGUUCUGUCGCCGUCCUCGUCGGGGCAACUCCGCGAAAACCAGCUGAGGUCUAAUACGCGCAAGGGCGCCACCAUGGGCAUCAAGAAGAUCCAUGAACAUCAGCAAGUUCACGUUUGCCAGUAUACCCAAUAUCGACGUGAAAGACAAAUACUUCUGGUCCAGGAAGCAGAGCGGCAGAGCGAUCAGAGACGCGCACCCUGUCAGGGGAAGCCGGCCCUGGGUGAGCCAGGAGUCCUUGGGCAGGAGCAGCAGGCUGGAGUCAUGGAUGGCGUCGACCGCCCAACGAGCGUCAAGUAGAUGGUGGCCCAGAUCGCGACGUCCGUCAAGAGUUGGGCAGCGGGGCCCAGGCGCCCUGGCAGCAGCCGCAAUAGAGCGCCGAGGUUGAAUUGUUGGUGUCGCUCUGCUGCGUGGAUUAGGAUCACGAUGGUCCAGAUGUUCACAUAACCACUGCGAGAAUUAUCACGACGCCAGGCAAUACGGAGGCACCAGCCAUGGUCCAAGGCAAGCUCAGCAUGCCAGUGCCCAAGCCGCCGCAGAUCAAAUUGAUCGUAGCUUCCCGCGCAGUAGUCCGGGACGAGGCUUCCCUGGCGGCCGGUGUAGGCAGAGCGCCCUCGCCAUCUGCGUCCGCGACGACGCCGAGGCUCUCUCGCAUCGGGACAGGAGGAAAAACAACUGGCCCGUCGGCGCGUCCAGUCUAAAAACACAGUUACCAAAAUAGCUUGAGCCCAACUGGCUGACGGGGGCGAGGAGGAGACUGAGGGGGAUGAGA